CAAUCUAAAUUUUUUAAAAGUUUUCCGUGAAUAAAAUCACAACGUCAUUCACGGUCUGAUCUUUGCACGUCACAGGGAGAUUGUCGAUCGAGAGAUUUUUCAUUCUGAUGUUUUGCCUUGUGAUGUGUCGUGGUCGAUGACAAAAAUUAUGUAGAAGUACAGUAGCUGAUGGACUAAGAAAGACUAUCUGCAACAGAACAACAUUAUUUUUCGUACCCGCUUAACUUUCAUAUUAUAUUCACCAGGCUUUCCUGCGCAUUUCUAAGAUGAAAUUUUCUCCUUUAUUUGCCGGAUCGAUCGCUCUAUUUGGGUUGGGAAACCAUGCUACCGCCUUUUGUCCGGUAGCGAAUCAUGGCACGGUCGUGUCUUCGGCCCUUCGUGCUACUGCCUUCGAACUGGUUCCCGAGCCAGAGGGCGGAGAAGAAAUCUCCUCCGUCAAGAGCCUUCCCGGAUCCCGCAUGAAGAACAUGGGAGAAGCCGAGGGACUGGCUGGGGUUCGUGAUGACGACGAAGAUCAGGGACCUAUCAACAAAUACUGGCUCACGGCAAAGGUGGAGGGACCAUUGAUCAAAGAGAUUCACCAGACCGUCCUGAAGGAGAGCGCCAAGAAGGCUAACUUUCCCGGUUUCCGCAAGGGACAGGUCCCACCCUUCGCCAUGCCCCAAAUUCGUGGGUUUGCGGUACAAGAAGCCAUCGUUCAAACUUGCCAAUCUGCUGUGGAUGCUUACGGCCUCAAGAGUGUUUCCGGAUCCGACGGGGAGGUCGAGGUUCUCGAGGACGUGCCAGAGAUGGCUAAGGCCUACAAACUCGGUGACGAUUUGGAAUUCACAGCGACCUUCAAUGCGAUUGUUGAUCCCGAGUUGGCUCCAGCAGAAGAUAGUAGUAGCAGUGAGGAUGGCGUUGUGGAUGUUGAAGCCGAGGUUGCCGCCGAAUAAAGAAAUCAAGCAACAAUCAACGAAAAAGUAAAAGAACACAAAAAUG